GUUAUUUUGCGCUUCUUUAUCUUCAAUUUUAGUGGCAGUGAGAGUGUGCAGACAUGCAGUGAGCUAGUCGCCAAUCCGUUGUUGAGGUUUGCCUAAAUAUUUGUUGCACUCAUUCCAUCUUGCUUCAUCUCUCUCUCCUCGAGUUGAAUUCUUGACGGCCCUGAUUGAUUGGAGACUAUUUUAGCCACAGAACAAUCCUUCUGAGUAUAACAGUCCCAGUGCAUUCUUCAUUUGUGAUCCGAGGUAGAAGUUUUUGGAGUAUAUGAAAUGGCAUUGACAUUAUUCAGGGGCUUACAAUCAAAUUGCUGUCGGUUGUACCCUUCAGUUUUUGAUGCUAGAAAGCAUGUGAGAUAUUUCCGCGUGCGAAGCUCACAAGGACAAACUGCAACGCAAGAAAAGCAACAGACUCAAUUGAAAGCUUCACCAAAAUACGAAGAAGCUUUGAAAAACUACGAGGCGGUCAUUGGAAUCGAAACACAUGUGCAGCUUUCCACCCUCACGAAAGCCUUCUGCAGCUGCCCUUAUAACUAUGGGGAUCAACCAAACACUAGUGUGUGUCCUGUUUGCAUGGGAUUGCCUGGGGCCUUGCCGGUUCUCAACUCAAAGGUUAUAGAGUCUGCAGUAAAAGUUGGUCUUGCACUCAACUGCAAACUCUCUCUUAGCUCAAAGUUCGAUAGGAAGCAGUACUUUUAUCCGGACCUUCCGAAAGGCUAUCAGAUAUCGCAGUUUGACAUCCCAAUCGCGGCCGGUGGUUAUCUUGAUGUUGACCUCCCGGUUGAGUUCGGUGGCGGGCAUAGAAAGUUUGGCGUAACUAGAGUUCAUAUGGAAGAAGAUGCUGGGAAGCUGCUUCACACUGGAAAUGGAAGCUUUUCUCAGGUUGACUUGAAUAGAGCAGGCGUCCCGUUGCUUGAGAUUGUCUCUGAACCAGAUAUGAGAACGGGUACUGAAGCAGCAGAGUAUGCUGCAGAGCUACAGAGAUUAGUUAGAUAUCUUGGAGUGAGUAAUGGGAAUAUGCAGGAAGGAUCUCUUCGUUGUGAUGUCAAUAUCUCAGUUCGUCCACACGGGCAGCUGGAGUUAGGCACAAAGGUUGAGAUAAAGAAUUUGAACUCAUUCUCAUCAGUGAGUAGGGCCAUCGAUUAUGAGAUAUUGAGGCAGGCGCAGCUUCACAGUCAAGGUCAGGCUGAUGAGAUCGUGCAGGAAACUCGUCUCUGGGAGGAAGGAGCUCAGAAAACAGUUACAAUGAGAAAGAAGGAAGGUCUUGCAGAUUAUCGGUAUUUCCCGGAGCCAGACCUUCCAGGAGUUAAUCUCAGUGAGGAGUACAUAAGUGCUAUUCGUGAUUCCCUACCCGAACUACCUGAAACUAAGCGUCGGAGAUAUGAGAACAUGGGACUGACCAUGCAGGAUGUUCUUUUCCUCACGAAUGAUAUAAACGUGGCAGCCUUUUUUGAUGCCACAAUUGCAACAGGUGCUGAUAUUAAGCUAGCUGCAAAUUGGAUAAUGGGUGAUAUUGCUGCGUAUAUGAAAAAUGAGAAGUUGUCUAUCAAUGACAUUAAGCUUACCCCUCGAGAAUUGGGGGAACUCAUAGCCUCGAUUAAAGGUGGCACCAUUAGCGGAAAGAUAGGCAAAGAGAUUUUGUUCGAGCUAGUAGCCAAGGGUGGAACCGUUAAAGGACUUAUUCAAGAAAAGGAUUUGGUUCAGAUUGCUGACCCCUCUGAGAUUGAGAAAAUAGUGGACAAAGUCCUUGAAAACAACCCGAAACAGUUGGAGCAAUACCGAGGGGGUAAAACUAAGCUACAAGGCUUUUUUGCUGGCCAGAUAAUGAAAGAAACAAAGGGCAAGGCGAAUCCUGCGCUUUUGAACAAGAUUCUUCUUGAAAAGCUGAACUCAAAGCCUUGAUGCUUCCACUAGGUAUUUUCUUGAAUCAAAUUUGUAAGUUUCGCUACCAUAUGCUCGAACAAUGUAAUGUGGCUCGAUUCUGCUACUCAGCUAUUUGGCCCCCUCUACUCGUUAUUUUUUGCAGUGUAGAUUAAGAACAGAUUGCUAAGAAAAUUGUCUAGGUCACUUGUUUCUAGGAUGUCAUUUGUGGCAGGGAAUGUUUUAUGGUUGAUAUUCCACCACUUAUUUUAGCUAUUAGUUGUGAAGAUUACUGAAGUUGGAGAAUCUGAUGUUUUCUAGCAAGGCACUUUCUCCAUUUAUGUUCUUAUCAUAUUUGUGAUGAACUUUGUAAUUAGAAAUAGCCUUAUUUGGGAAUUGUUUCAUUUCAGUUCCAUCAGUUUUAUUAUU